AUUAUGGGGUGAAAUCUACAACACUCCCUCAACCUUUCCCCGUUCUCUUGCCGCUACUGCACUUGGAUUACCCAACAUCUUCAGUUUUUCUUAUUCUUUCUUUGCGCUGGUCCUGAGAGCUUCUGCACGCAUUUCAUCGAUGACCCGUUUCAAUAUUCAACGCCCAGCGACUUCGAACAUGGCUUCUCCUCAAGACAGAAAAGCUAAUGAGCUCCAGGCCAUGGAUCCCUCAUUCCCUAGCAACGGCGGUGCCUACUCCAACGGCACGCCCCCUGGUGGCGACCCCAACCAGCCUCCUCCCGGUAACGGCGCUGGCAACGGCCAGGACGUCCCCAAGACCACCCUCUGGAUGGGUGAGCUCGAGCCCUGGAUGGACGAGAACUUCAUCAAGGGCGUCUUCAUGUCGCAGCUGUCUGAAAAUGUUAAUGUCAAGGUCAUUCGCGACAAGAAUUCUGGUAACGCCGGCUACUGCUUUGUCGAAUUUGCGACCCCUGAUGCUGCGGCUCGUGCCCUGAACUUGAACGGCAGCGCUGUUCCCAACUCUUCCCGCCAAUUCAAGCUCAACUGGGCAUCUGGUGGUGGUCUCGUCGACCGUCGCGAGGACCGUGGACCUGAAUAUUCGAUCUUUGUCGGCGAUCUUGGCCCCGAGGUCAACGAAUACGUACUCGUCUCGCUCUUCCAAGCUCGCUUCCCAUCGUGCAAGUCCGCCAAGAUCAUGACGGACGCCAUGUCGGGCCAGUCCCGUGGCUACGGCUUUGUCCGUUUCGCCGACGAGACCGACCAGCAGCGCGCUCUUGUAGAGAUGCAAGGUGUGUACUGCGGCAACCGCCCCAUGCGCAUCUCUACCGCGACUCCCAAGAACCGCAACAACCACGGCUUCCCCGGUCACGCGCAUCACGCUAACCCUAUGAUGGGCGGUGGUAUGCCUCAGCAGCACAUGUGGGGUGGCGGCAUGGGCGGAGGUUUCCCUGGUGCCUACGGCGGUGCUGGCGGCGGCGGUGCUUUCAACCCUGCCUCGCAGAUGAACCAGUUCACCGACCCCAACAACACCACGGUUUUCGUCGGCGGCCUUUCCGGCUACGUCACCGAGGAUGAGCUCCGCUCGUUCUUCCAAGGCUUUGGCGAGAUCACCUACGUCAAGAUUCCUCCUGGCAAGGGCUGCGGCUUCGUUCAGUUCGUCCACCGCCAUGCCGCUGAGAUGGCGAUCAACCAAAUGCAGGGUUACCCUAUUGGCAACUCGCGCGUCCGUCUCUCCUGGGGUCGUUCUCAGAACAACUCCGGCGUCGGCACCCCUUACCGCCCGGCACCUCCCCCCCCUCACUACCUUGGCAUGCCUGGUCCCGGACCCGGGCCUAACGGCCCUGGUGGUCCUGGCGGUCCUCCUGGCGGCCCCCCUGUCGGCCCUGGCGCCUUUGCUGGCGGCCACUUCCCUGGUCCUCAGGGCCCUCCUGGCCCUCAGGUCUAAACCUCUACGAGUAAACUUUGGCUUCGUCUUGAUUACGCUCUGCUUGUCAUGAUGAUGAAUGGCUCGCCCGCCCGAUGCGCAAUAUGGGGCAUCAUUAGCUUUUUUUGAACUUUUGCCACGACAGCAAUAUGGGAUGACAUGACUGCGAUUUCUUCCGUC